CCCGCGGUGCUGAACACACACACACGCACACACACGCUGGUGACAGAGAUGCUCGCACCGUUCAAGAGGACUUUUCACAGAAACUAAGUCCACCAAAAGGCGUCGCUAUGCUGUCGUUCACAAGAGCCAACGCGUCCCUCCUUAUUUUGGCCCAACUCCUCUCGGUCCUCCUGUGCCUUCUCCGUCCAAUACACGGGGGUUCUCUCCGAAACCACAGGUUGAGAGGCAGCGAAUCGGACCCGCUCCGUGCUCCUAAUUCCGACAUGCUCAAAGCCUUGGAAUACAUCGAAAGCCUUCGCCAGAGAGCAGAUUCCCAGGAGGCUUCUCUCCCUGCAGGGGAUGGAAUGGAUGACGCUAAGAAGAUGCGUCCCAUGCUGAGGCUGAAUGAGGACGAGGACAAAGACGAGGAGAGCGAGGAUAAGAGCGAGGAGCUGCUACAAGCUGUGCUCAGCACCUUACAACAGACGGAAAAGGCCUCCAAGCCCGCUUUGCUUCAUCCUUCCUCAAAGGGGGGCGGCCAGGUGAAAGAUGGCGGUCAGAAGCAACAGAGCAUCAGGCCCCACAAAAAGAUGCCCCUCAUGUUUGAGGACGAGGAAGAAGGCGAGGGAGACGACGAAGAGGAGGACGAGCACGAGAGCCCCUUCAAGCGCACAAAUGAGAACGUGGAGGAGAAGUACACGCCUCAGAACCUUGCCACGCUGCAGUCCAUCUUUGACGAGCUGGACAAGUUCACCACAGAGAAGACAGCACGCAAACGCCAGGAUGAGGAGGAAGAAGAUUUGUUUAAUCUAAGAAACGUGUACGAUGACGAAGGGGAGGAUGUCGCCGACUGGGGCCCGAUGGAAGAGCAAGGGGACGAAGAAGAGGAGGAGGAUGAUGAGGAGAAACACGAGUUCGACCGGAGCCUCGAUUAUGUUGACGAUGGUAAUGAGGAAGAGGAGGAGGAGAUGGAUGGAAGCUACCCGGUGAAGAGGUCGACUGACCCGGAUGAGGUGGACUAUUAUCUUCUCAAGGUGUUGGAAAGAACAGAAGAGGAAGAGCAGAAGCGAGCGUUAGAGGAAGAGGAGAAGGAGAGGGCGGAGCGAGGAGUAGCUCAGUACAGAGACAACAUCGACCCACAGGUCAUCUAUCAGAUUAUUCAGAUCUCACAGAAAUACCAAAUCCCACCACUAGACCUCCUGGACAUACUGAAGACCGGACAACAGAGCAGCAACAAGCCAUGGCAGACAUCUUCCAAGAAUAUCCAUAAGACUCCUCAGUUGCUCCAUAGACGCCCAUCUUUCAGACAAAGCAGCCCCAAAAACCUGCGAACGGAAGAGAUCCUCAACAUCCUCGGGUUGGGAAGCGACAGGAACCAGGGUCAAGCCCCCAUCAGGAAGCCGUACAGGAUCUCGCCGUCACGAAUUCACACACUGACUGCCGGGAACGCCGCUCCCACGCAGCAGCGAUUCCCUCUGGGUAAAUCCACAGACUACAACGGCGCCUCGGCCGACCAGCUGGCGGCGUAUCUGGCGGCUCAGAUGCUGGCGAGGUAUCCCGUCCCAGCGUACCGCUACAGCCAAAAGCGUGACGAGGCGACGGCGCAGAGCGUGACAGGCUCGUUCGAACAGGCCAUGCAGGAUUAUUUGGAUCAGAUGGACACAGGGAAAGAAGACAAGAGACAGACUGAGGAUGGCGAGGACAAUGAUGCUGUGAUGAAACUGAUGAACUACUUCAACCCAGAAAGUGAAGACAGUGAGAAUGGCGCCAAAACGGCCCAAGUCAUAAAGACAAAAGUGUAGAUAAAUAGUGGAGAGACACAAUUAAGUAUUUUCAAGGAUAAAUACCUGUGAUCGUCUUAUUUAUAUAGAUAAUUAUAAUAGGAAUGUUCAGAGAAUAAUUUGAGUUAAACCAACCUUCACACACAUCGGACCCCUUAGAUUCACUUGUAUUUGUUGGUCAUUCUGACUUAAAUGUGAGCAUUAUGUGACAUACAUGGUCAAUAAAGCAUUGACUUUAUUUUUCCUUA